AGUGAGUAAUAGUUAUUACUUUUUAGUUAUAGUUACCACUGGCCAGUGGUGGGUGCUAUACUACCGUGACACUGCUACUGAUCUCAGUGGAUCUCAACCACGUCCCACAAUAAUUUAUUGCGGACAACACUUUUGACGAUUAAAUAUUAUCAUGUCGGAGUCGGGUUCUGUGAUAUUAUUACGUUCGGGGAACGUCGCUAAUAAUCUCCAGACACUCUGGGCGUGUGCCAUUAUAUUGUCCACGGCCGUACACAAAGCAUAAAUUUAAUUUCACAACUGUAAACAAAAGAAACGCAAGUCUCACACGUCGUUUGAUUGCUUCUGGUAUGCAAUACAGCAGUCACUGUUAUUUGACUAGUGUAGAUCGAACGUAAACAUGCCUGUGGCAAUGAAUCGAAGACGCGUGAGCAAUUUCACAUACGUCAGUCCAUGCGUCAAGUACAUGAUAUUUUUGCUGAACUUCCUGUUUUGGUUGUUUGGCGGUUUGUUGGUGGCAGCCGGUACAUUUGCGUUUUACGAAAAAUGGAAUACUAUGGGUUCCAUCAAGUUGAACACAUUCUCCGACGUCAUACUUAAUAUAUCACUAGUUCUGAUUAUAGCUGGGCAGAUCAUAUUCAUUGUUAGUUUUGCCGGAUGUAUUGGUGCUCUACGUGAAAAUACUACACUUCUUAAAUUUUUACCUUUCAAAAAUAUUGCUGCUCAGAUUAAAAAUUUAUUUGUCAGUAAUCUAAAAGUUGUACAGACACCAAAUUAUAGUAAAAAAUAUACUGAUAAAUCAAAGAAGUCAAAACCCAAGAAUAAUGAUGAAGUUAUUUUUAAACAACUUGAUUGUUAUGACGAAUUACUUAAUAUCCAAAACAAAUAUCCAACAUACACCAAUAGUUUAAAACCAAUGAAUGACAGUCAACUGAAUUUUUAUGAAAAAUAUGUUUUUAUUGAUAGAAAUCAAAUAUUUAAUCUAAUGUAUAGUACCAUAGAACAAGCAAACAAUAGUGCUUGGAGAUUAUAUAGGCAAACAAGACUCUCUGCAAGUUCUAAAGCUCACCAGAUACAUACAAGACGUAAUAGAAAUGAGGACUUAGCUGAACGUUUUGUAAAAGAUAAAAAAAUUUUUGGAAAAGGUUUAAAAUAUGUAGAAUAUGGGACUAGAAUGGAAGAUUUUGCUUUUAAAAAGUAUUCACUUGUGCAUAAUGUGCAUGUUAUAAAGUGUGGCCUAGUAAUACAUCAAAAACAACCUUGGAUUUGUGCAAGUCCAGAUGGUUUAGUUAUUCAUAACAAUAAAGUAAUUAAGUUGUUGGAAAUAAAGUGUCCUUACACUUGCAAAGAUACCUUAUUGAUUGAUGAAGAUAAUGGAAACCUUAGAGUUCCAUACUUGAAAUACAAUAAAGAAAAUAAUACUAUUGAUUUAAAACAAAAUCACAACUAUUUUACACAGUGUCAAAUUCAAAUGUACUGUACUGGGAUGGAGGAAUGUGAUUUAUUUGUUUGCACAAAAGCUGAUUGCAUAACUGUUUCUAUUAAGAGAGACAAUUUAUUUCUUGAAAAAUUAGUCAGGAAAAUGGAAUUUUUUUAUUUCAAUUACUACCUUCCUGAAAUAACAAAAGUUAAUUCUUAAUUUUUAACUUAUUUUUUUAACCUUUUAGCAAAUACAAGAUGUUUUA